CCCUGAGACUGCAGAUCCUACCUGCGUAGGCAGAUUUCAGUUGUCGACUGGGAGUUGACAUGUACUGAAGUUGUCUGCAGGAGAGACAUAUCUCAGUGACUACGGAACAAACAGUACACAGAGAAGACGAUACAUGAUCGAUUGACCAUGAGUGAGCAGUUGAGAGGGAGCUCCUAUGGGUCCUCGCCCCAAGAGCUGAGACUUAUUCUUUUGGGAAACAUUGGAUGUGGCAAGACCUCUUCGGCGGACACUAUCCUUGGCCAGCUGUCACCCAUCUCUCCCACUGCCUCCAGGAGCUGCCAGCUGCGACAGGGCAUCUCUGAGGGCAGGGGUUUGACUGUGGUGGAAGCGCCGAGAUGGUACUGGACCGGCGGGAAGAUGGAGGAAAGUGUCAGGGAGGAGACGGAGCGAGCGAUGACGCUGGUUGCACCAGGCCCGCAUGCUAUUUUGCUGCUGGUUCCUGUUGGCCAAUUCACAGAGAUGGAGUGUCGUGUGCCUGCAGAGCUGGAGGAGGCAUUUGGGGAGGAGGCGCUGGAUCACACCCUGGUCCUGCUGACCUGUGGGGACUACUUGAUGGGAAGAACACUGGUGGAAUACCUGCAGAAAGAACACCCAGGCCUGAGGCAGAUGAUUGAGAGCUGUGGGGGAAGGUGCCAUGUCUUCAAUAAUCGUCAGCGUCAGGACAGGGAUCAAGUCCGGGAGCUGCUGGAUAAGGUGGACAACAUGGUGAAGAGAAAUGGGGUAUACUAUAUGAGAACAGCCCAGGAGAGAGAGCUGGAGAAACGAGUGAAAGAGAGAAAGCGGGAACUUAUGGAAACAUACAGAGCUCAGAGAAGAGAGCCCGUCGCUUCAACACACAUCUUAAACACAGAAACACGAAGGAGUGUGGAUCGUGUGGAUAGAGGAGAGGAGUACAGCACCAUCUUGGAGAGGAGGAGAGAAGAGAGGCAUGAAACAGAGGAAAGUGUGGGUGUGAGGCAAAGAUCUAACGGGCUUCAUUCAACUCCAGCACCAGAGCAACAGUCCUAUUCAGAGCCGCAUGAUGACAGACAGUUCAAGAGGACUCCCAGUUUCAAAUUAAAUGCAGAUGGAGCUAUACUCUCUCAAAUGUCUGAGGAUAAAUCAACUCCCAAAGUGGUCACUACUUUACACCACAGAAUGAACAGCUUUGAAGAGAGAUCCCCUGAGGCAUCUCCGACCUCCUCUCCUUAUUCACCUGUCUUUACCUCUUCCCCCUCCUCGCCAACCUUUACCUCCUCUUCCACCUCAUUCCCCAGAUCCUCCUCUCCCACUUCAUACCCCAGAUCCUCCUCUCCCACUUCAUACCCCAGAUCCUCCUCUCCCACUUCAUACCCCAGAUCCUCCUCUCCCACCUCAUACCCCAGAUCCUCCUCUCCCACCUCAUACCCCAGAUCCUCUUCUCCCACCUCAUUCCCCAGAUCCUCCUCUCCAACCUCAUUCCCCAGAUCCUCUUCUCCCACCUCAUACCCCAGAUCCUCCUCUCCAACCUCAUUCCUCAGAUCCUCCUCUCCAACCUCAUUCCCCUCGUCCUCCUCAUCUUCUUCAUCCUCUCCGGAGCUGCGUCUGGUGCUGCUUGGGCGAUCUGGAUCAGGGAAGAGUGCAGCUGGCAACAGCAUACUGGGGCGGGAGGUGUUUGAGUCAUGCCCGGAUAGCCUCACAGCGGUCACUCAGGAGUGUGAGAAAAAGAAAUCCAUGGUUGAGGGAAGACAGGUGGCAGUAGUGGACACCCCAGACUGGUACAAUUCAGAGCGAGCUCCAGAUGAGGUGCGAGCUCAGAUCUCCUCCUGUGUUGCUUUGUCCAGCCCCGGCCCUCAUGCCUUCCUCAUGUGUGUCCCCUUAGACCAGCCUGCAAAGACCGAACUGAAGGCUCUCGAGGCACUUGAGAAUGUUUUUGGCCCAGAGGCGGUCCAGAGACACACUAUUCUCCUCUUUACUUACGCAGAUAAACUGAGGGAGAGUGGGAAGGCAGGCAGUGACAGCGUGGAGGCAUAUAUUGCUGGUCAGCGGGGGGAUUUGUUAAAGCUCGUGGAGAAAUGCGGGGACAGGUUUCAUGUGAUGGAGACGGGAGGAGGUUGGAGGGAGAGGAGGAACGUGGCAGAGCUGCUAGAGAAGGUGGAGCAGACAGUGAAGGAAAGUGGAGGACAGUGUUGUUCUCAUCCUGCUUUUCAAGAGGCAGAGACCAAAUUGAGGCAGAGACAGGUGCAGCUAGCAAGGGAGAGAAGGGGAGAAAUAGUGGAGCAAGACAGACUGGCAGACGUUAAAGAGCUCAGCUCUGAAAGGCGGGUUCUCUAUCCAUAUAUGCAGACUGUGGCUGAGGCAGAGGAGGAAGUGUUAGAGGAUGAGAUUGAGAAAACAAGGGAUGAGGCAGAGAUGAGUGUAAAAACAAUGAAUAAUGAGAGCCUUCCUCCUAUUACACGUUCCACCAUGUCCCCUUCACUUCUUCGUUCCAUUAUGGAGAAAAUGGAGUCCAGUGCAAAGAUGUUGCCCAAACUUUUGGCAGAUAGCUCUGUGUGGGUUGGUGAGGGAGCAAAGAAGGUGAAAGAUAGUCCGGUGUGGGGGACAGUCGGCACUAGAGCAAAAAAUGUCCAGAAGAUUGUGGCUGAUAGUCCUGUGUGGGGGAAGGUGGGAGCUGGUGCUGGACAUGUGUCCAAACUAGUAGGAGAUAGAGUUCCCAAGUCAGUGGUGGAUGGUUCUGCAUGGGUGGGAUCUGGAGCAAAGGCAGCAGCAGCUAGUCCAGUUUGGGGAAAAGUUGGUUCAGGGGCCAAAUCAGGGGCCAAAAUAGUGGCGGAAAACUCCAUGCGUGUCGGAUCUGGGAUUGGAGCCGGGGCAAAGAAUUUGGCGCAGAGUCCUGUGUGGGGAAAAGUAGGAUCUGGGGCCAAAACUGGAGCUAAAAUGAUGGCUGACGGCUCUGUGCGACUUGGAGCUGGAAUUGGUGCUGGUGCAAAGAAGGUGGCGCAGAGUCCAGUGUGGGGGCAGAUUGGCUCUGGGGCAAAAUCAGGGGCCAAAAUGGUGGCUGAGAGCCCAAUGUGGGAGAAAAUUGGGAAUACUGCUAAACAGGUGCCCAAGGUAGUCAUAGGGGGCGCAGUGCUGGGUCUGGUGCUUGGUGUGCUUUUGGGGGGGGUGAUUGGCGGAGCUAUCGGGGCAGCUGCUGGAUCUGCGGUAACUGAGGUGGGCAGACGAAAAUUCAGCAACAAAGACACUUUAGAAAAGACGGAUGAAGCUGCAAAAAAUGUGGCGAGAACAGUGAAUGAUAGCAUUGACUCUCUGGUAAAGCAAGGAGAGAAAGUAUUGAAAAGUGAAUGAACAGCUGAAUGGUUCAUGUAUAUAAAAUGUAAAACACGUAAAAACAUUAAGUUGUGAAUUAGUACCAUCAAAGUGCAUAAUUAAAAAACAGCGACACAUAUAUUUGUUUAUUUUGACAGAUUGACGAUGUGUGAAACAUACACUUUUCUAUUAAUCUUUCUUUCUGUACUAAUAGACUGCAUGUUACAGGACUCAUUUCAAAAUACUUGUAUCAAAAUGUAUUAACUAUUAUAUAAACAGAUGCCUUAAGACGAAUCCAAACUAUAAUUUUUUUCCAUUAUUUUCUUAAAGGUCCAGUGUGUUGGAUGUCUGAAUAUAUAGGCAAUAAUGGAAUGUAAAAUAAUGUUUUUGUUAGCGUAUAGUCAUCGGAAAAUAAGAAUCAUGUUUUUGUUACCUUAGAAUGAGCCAUUUAUAUCUACAAAGGGAGUCGGUACUCGUUCAUGGAGUCUGCCUUGUUGCACCACCAUGUUCUGCAGCAGCCCAGACCAAACACUGGCGCGUUUUUGUGUUGGCCACCGUAGUUGGCAGCCUCUCAGCGACGAGCAGUGUUGAGAAAAAUCCAGAUUCUAUAAUGUGAAACUGCUUUAUUUAGUGUUUUGCCAGUUUAAAAUGCUGGGUCUGUUUAUUAUGAAAUGGAGGAGACCUCUGCAGACAAUCGGCUCCUGCUAAAGACCUCCUGAACGUCUUGAUCAGAAAUAAGGUGUACACACAUUAGCAGGUGCUGGGCAAGCAGCCCAUCUCUGACACGCCUAGACACUGAUUUGUAAUGUAAAACUACUUCAUUCAACUUUUUUUUUUAAACUGUUAUUAAUCACCUGGUCUCUGUGCUUUGGAGAGGAAGAGACCUCUGCUGAUAAUUCGGCUCCUGGUGAAAACCUCCUGAUGCCAGUGAACUCCCCUAAAUCGUACACACUGGACCUUUAAGUUUCCUUCCAGCAGCUUAUAAAUAAAGUUGGGUGUGACUUUUUUUCAAAGGGUGAAUGUCACUCACACUAAAUGGUAUGUUCUAGAUAUGAUUUUGACAAAAUGAACUUGGCUAAACUUGGCUAAAUUGAUUUGUUUGUGCAAGUGACAAACACUUAGGUGCUUGUCCUAUAUACUGUUUGCAAGAUGUCAUUCUGUAAGAAAAUAGAAAAUAUUUUGAACCUAUGAUUUAUUGUAAUUUCCUUUUCAUUUCUUAAUGUCCGAAUACUGUGCUACGAGUGCUAGUAGUGCCUAAUAAAAAACAGAACAUUCAUUACAAAA